CGUAUCCGCGGGAACCGGAUAGAUCAGAGCAGCGCUCGCGCCGGUCGCUGCGUGGGCGCCUUGCAAUAUCACAUCAGCAACAACACGCACGCCUGACGCACACGGCGCUUCGUUGCAUGUUGGACGAGCGAGGCCGCGGUGCUCCUGGCCAAGCGUUUGCACCGGCGCCGGCCGAGAGCCGGUUUGCGAGUGUGCCCUCGAGCCUGCAUCGCGGCGCCUUUGCGCCGGGUCCGGCGCAGCAUAUGCAACAUGUCGGCUACGCAUCGCAGCAGCUGCAGCAGCAGCAGCCCCAAUACAUGGACACAGGUGCCAGCGAGCCGCCACCGAUGAGCGCGGUGCCUCAGGCCCCGCCGCAGCCGCAGCAGCUGCACGGUUGCCAGGCUUGGCUCGACGGCUCUGAUCCACGGCAACAGCAGCAGCGGCAGUGGGCGCAGCAGCAGUGGGCUUGGGAGCAGCAAGAGGCGGCAGUGGCGCAUCCGGACGAGCAGCAGCAGCAGCCGCAGCAGCAACCGCUGUUCCGCGAAUGGCUGCCUCGGGCGGCCAGUGACUCGCGCCUGGAGGCCACAGCGGGUCCCACCGGCGCUCAUCAUGAUCAGGGGCCGCGGGGGCAGGGUGACUCACAGUCGCUGGGGCGCGCCGCUGGCACGUACCCGGGGCCAGCCGUGCAGGGGGCGUCGGGUCGCCCCCUGGGCCCUCCUGCCGGGCAGCCGCCUCCGCCAGCACCACCGGCUGCGCACCUUCACACCUACCAUCAGCACCGCUACCACCGCCAGAGCCACCAACACAGCUAUCAGCAGCCGCAGGAGCAGGAGCAUGAUCAGCAGUGGUACCGGUCCACUGGUGGCGGCUACCAGGCUGCUGCUGCGGCGCCUUGGGGCCCUGGUGACAGGGGCCCGCACCCCCCUGGCGGCACCGGCGGCGCCUCUGGUGGCACCGGUGGCACCGUGGCCGCAAUGAGCGGCGGCAGCGGGGACGGCAGCAACGGCAGACACGGCAGUAGCAGCAGCAGCGCUUCCGGCACUACAGCCACGGGCGCCGCCCCUGACACUGCCAGUUGGGGUGCGCGGGGGCCACCGGUGCACUCUGCGUGGGCAGCCGCUGCCAGUGCCAGUCCAUACCCGCAGCCGCAGCCGCAGCCACCGCAGUGCCGGGCUCCGCAGCAGCCGCGCAUUCCUCCACUGCCGCUGUCCGAGUGCUCAGGCCACGAAGCUAUGGAGUGGCAGCAACAGCAGCACCCGCCGCAACACCCGCUGCAACACCAGCAGGCCGCGGGGCCGUGGCUGCCGUAUGGGCACCCGCCCCAUGCACCCGUGCCCGGCUCCUCGGCACUCGCCGCCACCGGCCGCAGCCACAGCAGCGGCCCCUACGGCUGCCGGCAGCUCACUGCGGCGCCGUCGGCCUUUGCGUCGGCCUUUGCGGCGCAUGCGGCCUGUGCAGCGGUGGGCGUGUGGGAGUCGCCGCCCGCCCGCAGCAGUGGUGCCCGCCAGCAGCUGCCCGGCGACAGUGGCAGUGGGGGUGGCAGUGGGGGUGGCAGUGGGGGUGGCAGUGGGGGUGGCAGUGGGGGUGGCAGUGGGGGUGGCAACCCGCCGCAGCCGUACGAUGUGCCGGCCCAACCUCAGCCGCACCAGGUGCCGCCGGGUGCCUACUACCCCUCGCCUCAGCACACCCCGUCCCCAUAUUCAUCAUCGGCAUUGUCGUCGCCGCCGCCGCCGCCGCAGCAGCAACAGCCGCACAUGCCAACGCCACCGCAUUUACCGCAGAUGCAGCGCGGCAAGUACCCGAGCCAGGAGCUUCCUCGCUUCUGCUCGCCGCCGCAACCGCCGCCGCCGCAGCAAGGAUAUGGCCCACCGCCACAUCAUCAGCACCACCAACAACACCAGCCGCAGACACCGCAGCAGCCACAUCAGCCGCAGCAGCCGCCACAGCCACUGCUGUACGGUGUGCAGUACGGCGCUCCGCCACCGUCGCCUCCGCAUGGCCAGCAGGCGGGUCCGUACCAGCAGCAACAGCAGCAGCAGACGCAGCAGCAGACGCAGAUGGCGGCGGCGGCUGUGGGCAGGCCACUGCUGCCGCCUGCCCCCAGCUCGCCUGCAGGCACCUACCCCUACCCCUACCCCUACGCGUACCCCUACCCGCACUCGCACCCCCACCAGCCGCCGCAGCACCCCUACCCACACCACCAGGCGUGGCCCCAGCCCCACCAGCCCCACCAGCCCCCCACGUCCAUGGCCGGCCCGCCCGGCGGACCGCCAGAGCCGCCGCCGCCACAGGAGCAGCAGCAGCAAUGGCCAUCGGGGGACUGGCAGCAGCAACAGCAACAGCAGCAGGCCCAACAGGCCUCGCCUCAGCCGCCGCAGCCAGAGCCGCUGAAUGCUGGUCUCGCGCCUUCACCGCCGCAGUCACUCUCAUGCCGGGGCAAGCCACGCGCCAAAGCCCGUGCGCGUCCCACAAAGGCCGCUGCCGGCGGCGGUGGUAGCGGCAGCGGCGAAGGCGCUCUCGCAGUGAUCCCCGGGCAACCACCCCAGCCCCAGCAGCAGCCGCAGGAACAACAGACGUUUGGGGCAACAGGGGACUCGGCCGCGGCCAUGGGCGUGGUGGGCGGCGACGGCGGCGGCGCAGGAGCCGGAGCUGAUGGCGCAGGAGGUGGCGGUGGAGGCGGCAGUGGCGGAGGCGGAGGCGGAGGCGGAGGCGGCCCUGAAGGCAAGCGGCGCAACCGCUCCGGCCCCAAGAGCCGCAGCAGCCCAUACAUCGGCGUGUCGCAGUACAAGCGCACGGGGCGGUGGGAGGCGCACAUCUGGGACAGCGGCGGCGGCGGGGUGGGCGGAGACGCGAGUGGUGGUGCGGGCGGCGGCGGCGGCGGCGGCAAGGGGCGGCAGCUGCAUCUCGGCUCCUUCCCCACUGCCGAGGCCGCAGCGCGCGCCUACGACCGUGCGGCGCUGUGCAUGCGGGGCCCCGGCGCCGAGAUCAACUGCCCCCUGGAGUCGUACACACACGACCCAGUGCUCGCGCAGCUGCGCCAGAUGCCCAAACGCGCCAUGAUACUCGCAGUGCGCGCCACAGCCAACACCACAGACAUCACCGGCACCGCCACCGGCCCGGGCGGUGCAUCCGCAGGCGCUGGCGACGGCUACGGCCCCCUUGGCGGCGGUGCCGCGCAGGCCGGCGCGGCGACUGCCGCCCUGGCUGCCGCUGCUGCCUACGCCGCGGCCGUGAUGGACGCCGCUGCUGCUCCUGGAGCUUGUGCCGGUGCUCCUAGUGCUGCCGGUUGUGCGCCUGUUGGCUGGGGCGGGCAGCAGCAGCAGCAGCAACAACAACAACAGCAGCAACAACAACAGCAGCAGGAGUGGCUGGACCAGGCGGCUUCAGCAGCGUGCUGCAUGGGCGGCCCGGGCCCCUCGGGUCACUUGGGCGGCCCCGGCCACAUCACAGCGGUGGUGGUGAAGGCGGAGGCGGAGCCGGAGAUGGAGUGCGUGGGCGUGGGCGCCUGGCAGCCCCCGGAAGGGGAGGGCGACCGCCGCAUGUCCGCCUCACCGCCGCCACCGCCGCCACCGCCGCCACCGCUGCCCCCUGGCCUGGGCGGUCGGGUCCCCUCGUUGCUCACGUCACCAGCGGCACAGGCAGCAGCUGGGGAUGCGGGCGAGGCCGCCGCCGCCGCCGCCGCCGCGGGACUCCUCCAGACGCCGCUGCAGCCGCAGCAGCAGCGGCAGCAGCAGGCAGAUGACGUGGACAUGCUGCUGGCCACGCCGCCACAGCGGGAGCCACAGCUGGGGCCGCAGCAGCCCAUGCAGGCGGCCGGCGGCGGCUGCCCUCCGCAGCUCAACCAGGUGUCGACCAGCGCGUUUGACGCCGGCACCGCGGCAGCCGGCACCGCGGAGCUCCGCACUGGCGCCGCCGCCACCCAUGAUGCCGCUAGACAUGACGCCUACCGGUGCCAGCAGCAGUACUGGCAGCACCCGCACCAGUUCCCGGCAGGCCACGUGAGGGCCGUGACAGCCACACGUGCAGCCAGUGGGCCCCCUCAGUUCUGGAGCCAGCAGGCGCAGCCGCCAACGCAUGUGGGCCCGCCGCCCGGUGGUGCUGCUGCUGUGCAGCUACAGCCGCAGGCCCAGCAGCUACAGCCAAACCAGCUGCAGCCCCAGCUGCGCCGCUCGCACCACCACCGCGCUGCUGCUGCGGCCACGCCAGGCAGCACCGGCGCCCGCCACCGCCGCUGCAGCGCUGGGCCCGCCGCUGCAGCUGCAGCCACUUCCUUGAGUGGCAGUAGCCCCGUGUCUGCAGCAGCAGCUGCUGCUGCCGCUCCUGCAGCACUGGUCGCAGCAGUAGCAGCAGCCAGCCACGGCUCCAGCCACGGCUCGCCUCGCUCGCCGCCGGCCACACACCAUGGCGGGGUGCGGAAGCACAGGGCAGGUGGCGGCGCAGCUUCAGGCGUCACGUCAAGCUCACCAAACUCAGUCAGUGGCAAUGCCGCCGCCGCCGGCGCCUCGCCGCUCGCUGCCGGCGCCGCCACCGCCCACGGAAACGCCCGACGUGGCGCCGCCGCCGCUACCGGCGUUUCCUGUGCGCUGGCAACGGGCCUUGCCGAUGAGCGGGCGGCGGCGGGAGCCGGCGGCGGCGGUGGCGGGUUUGAAGGCGACGACGCGGCGCGCGGCAUGGUGACGGUGGCGGGCCUGCCGGUGCCACCCACUGCCGCCACAGCCGCAGCUAGCAUGGGCGCCGGUGCCUGGGGUGCAGCUUACACUCCUCCGAGCAGCCCAGCCGGUGUGCCGCCGCUGGCCGUGGUUCCAGGCAGGGCGGUUGGACAGCUGCCGCCCGGCCGUGCGUACUCGGGCGCAGCGGGGGCGGCAGCAGCAGUGGAAGCAAGGCCGGCUCCCGCGGCGGCGGCGCCCGGGCAGGCGGCGGAGGAGGAGGCUGCACAGCAGCCGGCGGCGGGCCCACAGCCGCAUUGGCCGCCUCCAGAGCAGCAGCAGCAGCGGGCGCACCCGUCGCAGUGGUGCUGGCCCCACACGCCCGUGGUUGCAACUGGCGUCGAGGCGGCCGCACCGGCUGCUGCUGCUGCUACUGCUGCUACUGCGGCGGCCUGGGGCGCACAGCCCUGCGCCGUCGGCCCCUACGGCGGCGGCGGUGUCGGCGCCGCGGCCGGCUCGCCACAGCACACUGCUGCAGCUGCCACUGCUGACGCUGACGCCUCGAUGGUGAUGACCCGGGCGGAGUCUUUCUCUGGCCCGAUGCAGCCGCCGCCGUACAUGCAGCAGCAGCAGCAGGAGCAGCAUCAGCACCAGCAGCAGCAGCAGUACGCGGCAGCGUGUCCCUGGCUUUACACGUCCUCCGUGCCGCCGUACGGUCAGGCGGCCGCCGAGGCCCCGCCGCCGCAGUUGGGUGCGGUUUCUGCGUCCCCGCAUGCCCCUGCUGCUGCUGCGGCUGCUGCGGCCGCCCAAGCGGGAGCCGCGGCUGCUGCGGCUGCCGCCGCCGUGUCGCCCCUGCGCCGCCUGAACCUGAACCCCGCCGCCUCGGCACCACUGCCGCUGCCGCCGUUCGACGUCGCCGCUGCUGCAGCUGCCGCAAGCGGCCCCGCCAGCACCUCGCGAGCUGCCACCGGCGCCCCGGCGGCUGGGAGCCCGUACCUACUUGUGUAUGGGCAGGCGGCCGUCACUGCGGCUGCGGCGGCUCCUGCACAGGCUGCAGGUGCAUCUGUGCAGCCCGGUCAAUAUCAGCAGCAGUGGGGCCCGGUUGCUGGCGGCUUCUGGCCACAUUCAUCUGCUGCGGAUGCGACGCCGCCGCCUGCAUUCGCUCUGGGUCCGGGCCCCGGUGAGGCCAUGGCUAUGGAGUGGGGGACGACGCCCGCCGUCGACAGAGCUGCAGCAUACUUGGCACAGACGCCGGCAGCGGCUGCUGGCACAACGGCGGCGGGGAACUCCGCGGCGCCGCACCACUUGCAACAGCAGGCAGCAGCAGGCGCUGCUGCUGCCGCCGCCGCCGCCGCUGCCGCAACUGCUUCCUCCUGCCUGUCGGCGGGCCUUGCUGCUCACACCACCCUUGACUGGCCGCCGCCGCAGCAGCUGCUGCAGCCGCCGCCGCAGCAGCUGCUGCAGCCGCCGCCGCCUCUGGCUGCUGUUGCCGACUCAGCAGCCAUGGUCACGGGUGGGUCGCCCUGUGGUGCUCUGGCGGGCCGCGCCGGCCUCCACCAGCACAUCGGCACCGGCGCCAUGACUGGAGGGCCACCGCAGCAGCAGGAGCAGCAGAUACGAGUUGCGGGGCGCGCGGAGUCCGCCCCGCACCCGCUGACCAUGCUGCCAGGUGCUGAGGUGGCGCUGGUGAUGCCCGUGCCGUCUGCAGCUGCUGGAGCAGUGGUGGGCCAGCAGGAGUGGGCAGUCGCAGCCACUGCCACUGCCGCCACCUCCUUUCCGCGCACGGCCCUGCCGGCUGGGUCGCCACCGCCGCCACCGGUCCCGAGGCACUGGUCACAUGCGACGGCAGGCGCGGCAGCGGCACCGCCGGCUGCGACCUGCGUUAGCGGCAUGGGAGCUGCCUGGGGCGGCCUGGGAGCCGGCGCCGCCGCCGGCACCCUCAGCGGCGGUGUCGGCGGCGGUGUCGGCGGCUCCCCGGCAUCCCAGCUGCCGAACAUGCCUUCGCCCGAUGGUGCCCCGCGAGAGCCGCUGCCGCCGCCGCCUUCUGCCGGCGCGUGGCAGCAGGCCUUCACGGUGGCCGCGGGCGCCUCCCCCGCAGGCGCGCAGCCCCCGCCCGCCACGCCGUCCCCCACGCAGCCAUGCUUGCAGCCGUACCAGCUGCAGUCGCCAUACCCGCAGCACCAGCAGCGGCCUCCACAGCCCACCGCACAACAGCACCCGCCGCCGCAGCUCCCGCUGCCCUACCUGAGCGCUGUCAGCGGCCCCACGCCCUCAGUAGACAUGGCCGCUGCCGCAGCUGCAGCAUUAGAUGCCACCCAUGCCGCCAAUGCUAACGCCGCGAUUGCUGCCGGCAGCGCCUUCCCCGCCGCCGCUGCCUCCUUCCCCGCCGCCGCCGCCGCUGCGUCCUUCCCCGCCGCCACCGCCGCCGUCGCCGCUGCUGUCGCCGCCGCCGCCGCCCCAGCAGGUGAGAAGGCGCCGAUGCCCUCCCGCGCCAGUGUGUCGCUGGGCGCGCUGAUGGAGGCCUGGCUGCACUCGGAGGACAGCGGCGGAGGGGCGGGUGCAGGUGCUGGCGGUGCUGGCGGUGCUGGCGGUGCUGGCGGUGCUGGUGGUGGUGCAGGCGGCACAGCAGGCUGCGCGCAGCAGGGUGUCGAUGCGCCUGCGGCCGCCGCGGCAGCCAUGGAGCUGCAGCUGCAGCAGCAGCAGCAGGCGGCAUCAGUUGAGGCCGCGGGCGGCGAGGUGCCGGGCAGCGGCGGCAGCGACGGCUGCGGCGGCGGCGGUGGCGAUGCGGGCAGCCUGCUGGGCACGCGGCAGAGCUCGUCGCUGAGCAGCCUGGGCGGAGACGAGGACAUGGAGGCACUGGAGCGGAGCUGCGGCCUGGUGCUGGAUCUGGGGCUGGGGCUGGGGCUGGAGGAGGGUGCACCGGGCGGCUGCGGAGGCGGUGGGGAGUUCACUGAUGAUGCGGGCGGCGGUGUUGGCUGCGGCGUCAUCAGUGCCAUGGCGGUCGGUGGCUCUGAGAUGAUGAUGGGGGUCGACACGGCGGGUGGUGCGGGUGCGGGUGGGGCUGCUGAAGCGAUGGCUGGGGUUGAGGCGCUGCCAGCAACAGGGCUGGCGGCGGCCGCAGCGGGCGCUGCGGCUGCGGGCACUCAGUCGCAGCUGGCCCUGCCGCCCCCGCAGUGCGUGGCAGCUAGUGGUGAGCGCCCGCCAGGGCCGCAGCAGGAGGAGGCGAUGGAUGUGGACGCACUGGCGGCAGUGCCGGCAGUGCAGCAACAGCAGUACCAGCAGGUUCCCGAGGGCUUCCCAGCUGGACGCCCGCCAGUGCUGCCAGCACCGCCCGCCUCGCCAUUUGGCACUGUGCGUGGCCUGAUGGGCGCGGCGGCGGCGGCAGUGGCGGCUGGCUCCGCUUAUUACGGCGGCUUGCCUUGCGGCGGCAGUACAGGCGGCCAGGAGCAGUGCUGGCCAGCGGUUGUUGCGACUGCUGCUGCUGCGGGCGGCGUUGAUGCCAGUCCAAUGGCUGCGGCGCUGGCGGCACAUCGCCAACGGCAGGCUGCGGCAGCGCAGCCGCAACAGUCACCGCCACAGCCGCCGCCAAUGCAGCAGCAGCAGCACCCCUACAGCCAGCCGCCGUCCCUGGGGCUGAUAGCGCUGCAGCAGCUGCCGUCGCUGCCGGACUUUGGGAGCUUGGACAGCAGCAGCUAGGUCGCUACGUGCGGGGGCAGCCGCCAGCUGGGCCGGUAGUGGGCAGAGAGGCGAGUCGGUCCGUCGUUUGGUGACGGGUCGGUCCCACGGGCAUCAGUGCUGGCAGUAGAAUCAUUUGUCGCAGACCGCCGAGAACGUACUCGGCGGCAGCGCCGGCAAGGGACGGUGCCACACGGUACAGAUGACGGGCGGGGCAAUGAGUUGAGGCGCCGUCUUUCUUGUUGAGCAGUCCGUGGGCAGCAGCUUGUUGUGGUGGCUGGCUGCCACACUCACACGUGGCAUCGACACCCUCCCCUUGUGCUUGUCCAACACAGCGUGUAGGUUACUUAGGCAAGAACACUUGCAUGUUACAAUGACGACCUUUAAUAAAUGGCAGCACGCAUACAUGAUGCAUAACGGAACGUGUCGACUGCAAUGAAUGUAGUUACCGAAUGUGCCGUGGCAUAUGCACAACCUUGCCUGGAGAGGACGUUGCGGGUGUCUUGUGGUGCGUGGUUGUUGACGCUUGCAGUCGGUUAGAAUUGGGCCUAUUGCCACAUUAUUUGUAGCCACGGACAUUACCUUUCUUGAUAGCUAGCAUCCUUGUGAGCGUGCGGUGCCAAUUACUACUACUUGCGUGACAGGGUCCGGUCGGAUCAAUUGCAGUACAGAGGUUGUCUGGAGUACCUUGCCUUUGUUGAGCUUGAGCUUAGCAGCUAUGUAGAGUGUGCCAGGCGUGUAAGCAGUGGUGUACACCUUUUGCGUUGCGUGUCGAGGUUAGUGUUGCGUGUUGGCGGCUGGCCAGUUGAAGAGCAGCUGGGGUGAAGGUUCAGAGAGUGCUCCCGCAGUGCAUUGAGCAACUUGCUUGCAGGAUGAUAGCAGUUACACGGAUCGUCUGCCGCUCAGAGAUUUUAGGCGGCUGGGUGCAAUGGCGGGGGCUCGUUAUGUUCCAUAUACGGUACGGGUGGGGCGAAAGGGUGAGUUGCAGCUAUGACUGGCAAGGGGCUGGCUGUGCCUGCUACUAGCGCACCAAUUGUGAAUUGAAUUCGGAGGCGUGCCAAGACAAGUGCCGUCGGCAUAUACACAGGAGCGAGAAGGCAGGCUGUUGUGAUGGCAGUGGAAGAGGGAAGCGAAUGGUCUUCGAAGUGGGCAGCCGGCCCAGGGCCAACGGGGCAAAACAGGGGCCACCCAAGGCCCGUUAUGUUCCUUGUGUUUAGUCUAUUAGGCCGCAUGCGCACGCCAGACCUUCAAUAAGAGACCCGCUCCACAACCUGUUGGAGAUACACACGCCACGACGUGUGUGGGACUUCCAGAGUACUUGCGCAGAUGAGAUCGUUUGGUCUAAAGAGGAUCAGAAGACGGACUUUGCAGGGCUCGAAGCAUCUUGGCUUGUACCGUACACAUGCGCUUUUGCCUUUCAAUUCUUUGAUGAUCAAAUUGGCACCGUGUCAUGAGGAGUUGUUAUGAAGGCCUGGGGUUGUGAUGAUGGCAUGGGAAUGCAGGGGCCGGCACGGCUGCAACAUAUUGAUGUUUGUCACAAGACUGCGCCACUGCGGUACUCCUGUGUGCAUGCGUCGAUGGUGGUGCAGCAACUAUACAUUUCCUUCUUGUGUGCGACAGAUGAGGCACUUGCGUUUACAGCGUCUCGAUGACGCCGGGUAGGCCCAGGCGGGAAUGUACGAGAGAACCAACUUACAUGCUGGAUAAGGCCCAAACACAUGGUUCUCGGAAUUAGACGCGGUGCAUGAGCGAGAGGCCGAGUGCCUGUGCUGCAGGGGCGCAGGGGCAAGACGUUGGGCCAGGCACUGGUUAGGGAAUGGGGGCCGAGCGGCACAUGCACCAACCCGCACCGCUGAGGAUGCACCCAUGGAUGAGACGCACGGGAAGAAAUGAGAUCUCAACAUCAGCCUGAGCAUGCCAGGCAGGGAGAAGUAUGUUGCACCGAUAGGUUGUGGAUAUCCGCGUGUUCUUUGGGAAAUGCCGUUCAUACCCACCAAGGCGCCGCCGGCUCCGGCCUGUGCUCACGCCGUGUGGAGGCGACCUGGGCGGCUGGCGGAUGUGCGGGCAGGCGGAGGGGCAGAUGGGCAAGCAAGAGUCGGCAGCGUGGGGCAAGGGUGGCGCGUUUUAAUUCUUUGUUUGGGAGGGGUGCUGCGCAAUGGCGCGACUGACGAGGCCACUGGCGCAAGAGGUUUACAGGCAGGGAGAGAGGGAGGAUGCAUGCACCAAGGAGAAAUGUCGCAGAAGUCGAGCGGGCGCUUCGCGGGGAGCAUGGCGGCGCACAGGCUAGUUGCAGCCAGUUUUGUUUGUAGGUGCUGGUUUACGAAGACGAGACCAGUAUGUGGAAGGGUGCAGGCCGGUCGCUUAAUCCUGUGAAAGGGGAUUCGAGCUGUGUUGGCGCGGCCGUGCCG